GAAUUGGCAGCAGCCUCCGUGUGUGUGACCAAAUAUGCUUGGAGGAGAGUAGAAGAACGCUUCUUCUCUCAAUUUCGACGACAACGUGAGGAAGAAGACGAACUCGUCUCUCUCUCUAUUUAUUUUCAAUAUCACCUGGAGAAUUCUGCAGGGACAUCAAUAAUCAUAACCUAACAAGUUAACGCCACCGUUUUUCAGGUGACUUUUGUGUUCUAUUGAUCCUGCUUAAAAUCUCACCUUUGUUACUAAUCUUAAUCAGUGCACGACGAUUUCUGUUUUUCGUUUUUUGCGUUUCCAUUACGAUGGGAAUAAUGCCGAGAUGGGUUUCUGGGUUUAACGCGUUUCUCGAGACUUUAGCUCAACUUUGUAAAUUAAAAAACUUUUGAUGACCGGUAGUGAGAUUCGAAUGUGAUCAAGUAGAUUCUAAUGUGAAUCAGAUGUCGAAAAAGGAUUCUUAUGGUGACAAAAUCGAAAUUUUGAGCAUUUGGUUAGAAUUGAAUGUUCUAAUGUGGGAAGCAGAGAAAGUAUAAACAUUUGCUCUUAUUUCGAAGUGUAUGAUGCUUUACUUGUGAGUGUAUGCAAGAAAGUUGGAGAAUUUAAAUUGUUGGGAGGAAGCUAGUUUUUAUAGUAAUGUUCAAAGUUUGGAGAAGAGCUAAUUGGAAUGAUACGCGCUAAGCAUAUUAGUAACCUUUCAAGUACAGCAAGAUCCUUUUUUCUGAAUGGAUCGAGAACAAGUGUAACUGAUGGGAAUUCUUGUGUGUACUCGGAUGAUGAAAAUUGUGUCUCGAAACGUCAGCAACUUAGGAAGGAAGCUGGACAGACUGAAAAACGACCAUCCAGUAUCCUCCCAAAGCCUUCAGUUGUGGGAUGUAUAUUACCAGGAGAGGUAACAAAACCAGUGGUUCCAAAGAAGGUUGAUGAUUUUGGUCGGCCAUCUCUAUUGCCACAGCAUGUUUCUUCUUCCCCUGCCUUGCCGCUUAAAUCACAUUCCGUUAACUAUGCAUCAACCGUCGUUAGAGAGGAGGUGGAAGGUAAAGCUUCUUCAGAACCUAUUGGGGAUCAGAUUUUCAAGGCUGGUAUUGUUGCAGUAAAUUUUCUGUCAGAUUUAUCGAAUUGUAAGAUUCCUUCAUAUGAUGGAGGAAGCGAUGCAUUUGGAUUACCGAAAAGCUGUAUGGUUGAUCCAACACGGCCUAUUUCAAGUGUCAAGUCGUCGAAUGUGAAAGCUAUAAGAAGAGAGCACUUUGCCAAAAUUUACCCUAGAUCAGCUGCAAAAGAGUCGUCAGUUGGUACAACUAGAAAUCCCAGUAGCAAUUUUCGAGGGGCCAAGGAAGCUGAAAGAACUGGGUUUGUUAAAGGAUUCAGACAAGUUUCAAAUUCUGUGGUAGGAAAGUCAUUACCCACAACAAAUAACACAUAUGGCAAGAGGACAAGCGUGUUGCAGAGACCCCAUAUUGAUUCGAACAGGUUUGUGCCAAGCGGUUUCAGUAAUUCUUCAGUGGAAAUGAUGAAAGGACCUUCAGGGACUGCUCUGACAUCAAGACAGUAUUGUAAUUCCGGACACAUUGUGGAAAAUGUUUCCAGCGUUUUACGAAGAUUCAGGUGGGGGCCUGCUGCUGAAGAGGCCCUUCAAAAUCUAGGUUUGAGGAUAGACGCAUACCAAGCAAACCAAGUUCUUAAGCAGAUGAAUGACUAUGGAAAUGCUCUUGGUUUCUUCUACUGGUUAAAAAGGCAACCUGGGUUUAAGCAUGAUGGGCAUACUUAUACCACUAUGGUUGGUAAUCUCGGUCGUGCUAAGCAAUUUGGUGCAAUAAACAAGCUCCUCGAUGAGAUGGUUAGAGAUGGAUGUCAGCCAAACACAGUUACAUAUAACCGACUUAUCCACAGCUAUGGCCGUGCCAAUUACCUGAACGAAGCUAUGAAUGUGUUCAAUCAAAUGCAAGAGGCUGGAUGCAAACCUGACCGUGUAACUUACUGUACCCUUAUAGACAUUCAUGCUAAAGCUGGAUUUCUUGACAUUGCCAUGGAUAUGUACCAGAGAAUGCAGGCAGGAGGUCUUUCUCCGGAUACUUUCACUUACAGUGUCAUAAUAAACUGUCUUGGAAAAGCUGGACAUUUACCCGCUGCACACAAGCUCUUUUGUGAGAUGGUUGAUCAAGGUUGUACCCCUAACUUGGUCACAUACAACAUCAUGAUGGACUUGCAUGCCAAAGCGAGAAACUAUCAGAAUGCGUUGAAGCUUUACCGUGACAUGCAAAACGCUGGGUUUGAGCCUGACAAAGUGACAUACAGCAUUGUGAUGGAGGUGCUUGGACACUGUGGAUAUCUCGAGGAAGCAGAGGCUGUUUUCACCGAGAUGCAACAGAAAAAUUGGAUUCCUGAUGAGCCAGUUUAUGGUCUUUUGGUGGAUUUGUGGGGAAAAGCAGGUAAUGUGGAAAAGGCGUGGCAAUGGUAUCAAGCAAUGCUUCAUGCUGGUCUGCGACCUAAUGUUCCUACAUGCAACUCCCUUCUUAGUACCUUCCUUAGGGUUAACAAGAUAGCUGAAGCUUAUGAGUUAUUACAAAACAUGCUGGCGCUUGGUCUACGCCCCUCUUUGCAGACAUACACGUUACUCUUGAGCUGUUGCACGGAUGGUCGGUCAAAACUUGAUAUGGGUUUCUGUGGCCAGUUGAUGGCAAGCACAGGUCAUCCAGCACAUAUGUUUCUCCUCAAGAUGCCAGCUGCGGGUCCGGAUGGCGAAAACGUGCGCAACCAUGCGAACAAUUUCCUGGAUCUUAUGCAUAGCGAGGACAGGGAGAGCAAGCGAGGACUCGUGGAUGCGGUGGUUGACUUUCUACAUAAGUCCGGGCAAAAAGAAGAGGCCGGAUCUGUCUGGGAAGUUGCUGCACAAAAGAAUGUGUUUCCUGAUGCAUUAAGGGAGAAAAGCUGCAGCUACUGGCUUAUCAAUCUCCAUGUAAUGUCAGAGGGAACUGCAGUCACCGCGCUGUCUAGGACGCUUGCUUGGUUCCGUAAGCAGAUGUUAGCUUCAGGAACUUGCCCUUCUCGGAUUGAUAUAGUAACUGGUUGGGGAAGACGUAGUAGAGUCACCGGUACAUCAAUGGUGAGACAAGCAGUUGAGGAGCUGCUGAACAUCUUUGGUUCACCGUUUUUCACGGAGAGUGGAAACUCAGGUUGUUUCGUUGGAAGCGGAGAGCCUCUUAACAGAUGGUUGCUGCAGUCUCAUGUUGAGAGGAUGCAUUUGCUGUGAGUUUUUGUAUCACAAUAUAGGCUUUUUAUAUUUAUUUAUUUUAUCUUUUGGCCGAUUGUGUCUUAUGAAAUUGUUUUAGCUAGUAAGUCAUAAGUUAAGGUUAGAGCUAGACAGGAUGGAGUGUCUCUCCAGUCUUUUGUCCUCAGCUUCUCAGUUGUAUCUUCCUCUCGUAAUAAUUUGAGAUUACUUGAAACGAUCGAGGUGUAAACAAUUAUCUAGAUUUAAUAAUAUGUAGAGUAUUUUUUUUCAUACAA